GAGAGAGACCACCAGCUCAGCUCAGCUCAUCGAGGCAAACUUGCGAGAACCUGCAGGGGGGAAAAAAAACUCCGCAAGCUUCUGCAAGAAAGGAGAAGAAGAGGAGGAAGAGGAAGAGGAGGAAGAGGAAGAGGAGCGCAUCAGUGCAGCUGCUCGGCGACAGAAGCGGCGGCGCUUGUUGCGGAUUAACGAUGAUUGCCACAACUCAACAAAACAUGACCACGGAGCUGGACCUGGGGAGUUCCGACGGUCCCCCGCGGAACUGGAAGGGCAUAGGAAUCGCCAUGGUGGUGAUCGUGGCGGUUAUGUCCCUGGUCAUUCUCUCCGUCAUCCUCCUCACGCCUGAUGAAUCCCACUUGUUGCUCCGCUCCCAUCUCACCAUGGAGGAUCUGGAGAGCGAGGACUUCAAGGUCCACGACCCCAGCGUGGCGUGGUUGAACGAAAACGAAGUGGCUGUCCGCACCCGAGAGGGACACGUCCUGUCGUUCAGCCUCAACAGCAACCUCACCGCGACGCUGCUGGACAACAGCUCCCUGGAUCUGUCCACCACUAAAUUCCAAGUGUCCGCAGACAAGAGUUUUGUCCUCUUGGCGUACAACAUUCAACCGGUGUUCUCUCAGUCCUUCACUGCCUCCUAUGCUAUCUACAAUGUGGCUAAUGGGGAUCUGCUGGAGCUGAGACCUCCGGACAGGCCGAAGGCGGCGCUCCACUACGCUUCCUGGGGGCCUCAGGGGAACCAGCUGGCCUAUGUGUUUGACGGAGAUAUCUACUACAAACCGAGUGUGACCGGCAAACCGCUGCGCCUCACGACCACCGAGCGGGGGCAGAGAGUGGCGAACGGGAUCUCCGACUGGACUUAUGAGGAGGAGGUGCUCCUGUCUUAUGUGGCCCACUGGUGGUCGAUGGACGGGGCCCGGCUGGCGUACCUCAGCAUCAACAACUCUGCCACGCCUGUGAUGGAAGUACCUCAGUUCUUAGGCGGUCUCUAUCCGUCCAACAUGCUCUUCCCCUAUCCCAAGGCCGGAUCAAGCAUCCCAUCAGUCAGUCUGUUUGUGGUGAAUCUGUACGGUCCGGCUCACACCCUGGAGAUGAUGCCUCCCGACUCCCUCAGGACCAGAGAGAGCUACAUCUCCAUGGUGACCUGGAUCAGCAGCACGCGCCUCGCGGUCCGUUGGCUGAACCGCGCCCAGAACCAAUCAGUGCUGUGCGUGUGCGAGGCCACCACAGGGGCCUGCUCCGAGAAACACAAAAUGGCCAUGGACAUUAUGCAAAACCAACGACAGGGCGUCCCACUGUUCUCUGCCGACGGCUCCGUGUUUUACACCAUCCUGCCAGCGAAGCAAGGCGCUCGUGGGGAGUUUCACCACGUCGCCGGCCUCUCGGCGCAGCCGGCCGUCCCGUCCGUCCCCCCUCGCUUCUUGACAUCGGGGAGCUGGGACGUCACCUUGCUCUGCGCCCUGGACGAGAAGGCUGGAAAAAUCUACUUCCUGAGCACAGAGGAGUCGAGGCAGAGCCGACACCUCUACAGCGUGGACCUGGAUGGAGUGUUUCAGCGCCAGUGCAUCUCCUGUAACCUCAUCGAUGGAUGCCGCUUCUUCAGAUCUGAGUUCAGCCCCAAUCAAACCCACUUCACCCUCUACUGCUUAGGCCCUGGAAUCCCCAAAGUGACAGUUCACAGUAUAAAGGACCCCUCAAGAUUCGUCGUCUUGGAGGAUAACAGCCCACUGGCGAGAGCCUUGGAGGACAAGAGGCUCCCUGAGACUCUGUUCAGGACGCUCCCGGCAGACAACCACGACCUGCACCUGAAACUGUCUCUACCUCGGGGUUACGAGGCCAACCUGCACCCUCUCCUCAUCAUUGUAGACGGCGUUCCCGGCAGUCAGUCGGUGACCGAGGAAUUUGCCCUGGACUGGCCUCAGGUCCUCUCCAGCUCGCAGAAUGUGGCCCUGGCCUGGGUGGACGGCCGGAGCGGCGUCGGCCGCGGACAGAGAACCGCCGCUCUGGAUCCGCGCAAGCUCGGCGCGCUCCGAGUCAAGGACCUCCUGGGAGUCGUAGAGUUGCUGAUGCAGCUGCCGUACAUCGACGACCGUCGGAUGGCCCUCUACGGCAAGGCCUUUGGUGGUUAUUUAACUCUCAAGAUGUUAGCGGCGACAGACAAGCUCUUUCAGUGCACAGCAGCCUGGGCACCAAUAACUGACUUCAGGCUUUACAGUGCUGCAUUCUCAGAGAGAUAUCUCGGCCUUCCAGCCAAGGAGGAGCACGCGUACUCGACCGCCUCUUUGCUGGAGGAGGUGAACAAGCUGAAAGAUGAGAAUUUCCUUAUUCUGCAUGGAACUGCCGACGCGAGGGUCCACUUCCAGCACAGCGCCGAGCUCCUGAGCCGACUGGUGAAGGUGGAAGCCAACUACUCACUGCAGCUGUACCCAGACGAGGGCCACGACCUGAGGGAGCCCCGCAGCGUGCAGCACUUCCAGCGGACAGUGGUGAACUACCUCCACACCUGCCUGAGGCAGAGCGCUCUCCUCGAGCCCGCGGAGCACGAAGACGAGGAAGAGGACUGAGCCCAGAGCUUCCCUCCCCUCCUUCGGGAAGGACUCUCUUCCGACCGCGUGCCAUUUUAUGCAUUGCCUUGGGUCGGACUACCAGGCGCAGGGGCACAGGAGUGGGGACCAAGCGCAUCAGAAUCACCUCCUACGACUUCUGGAAGAAUUGAUGUACUGUAUACCUUGUCGCACACAAUUAUUUCUGUUACACUGUAUGUUUGAGACGCGGUUUGUUUACAAUAAUUUUACUCGAGAUGAUGUGGACCAGAGGACUACAGAUUCUGACAAAAAAAAAGUUUACAAAGACUUGAGAACAUGCAUGUCUUAAACGGCUGCAUGGUGUCGAUUAGUUUACAUUUUAUUCUCUGUGUUUUGCAGAGUUUCAAUUUAUAGAUUUACAGCAGAUUCCAGUCAUAUGAAAGUCAAACACUGAAUCCAAGAGAUUUGAAUCCUACAAAUGAAGAUUAACAGGCAAACUGUUCUUGCCUGGCCUCUGCAGACUUUACAAUCUUCAAGAUGUGAUUAUAAAAUCUAAGUGUUUAUGGGUCUUCUGUACAGUGUGCUCCUGACUUUCUUCCUGACUGUCAGAUGAAGCAUAUUGAUCCUUCUAAAUGUGCCAAAUAAAAGUUUAUCCACUGGUUUUUAUUCAUAUUACUUGCAUAAUGCCAUUAAGAAUGAGUACUCAGCUAAAACUAUGAAUGCCACAAGCUUCAAUUUCAAGAAAUACUACGAGAAUCUCUGUCAAGGCCAGUAAAGUAGGUUUCAGUUUUUUUUGUCUUUUGUCUUUUGUUUUUCUUGGCAUUUGAGCCAUUUCUUGUCGAUUGCUGAAUUCAGUUAUUGCGUUGGACAAACUGUUGAGCCAUUAUGUUACAAUCCACACAGGAAUUGGGGUUGACAAUCAAGCUGUCGACCAAAUCAUACUGGUAAACUGCAUGCAGGUGGUUUGGAAAAUGAAUGUCCGACUCAAUUAAACAACCAGCUACUCCCCCCCCCCCCCCCCCCCCCCUUCCUGA